AAAUAAGGACAAAUAAAUUGGAAAAAGACGAAAGAACCGUGUAUUAUUAAAAUACAAACGUACAAUCGACGCUCUGUAAAUAAUUGAUUAGAUAAGAAACAUUAGACAAAUUGCAAACGUCCAUAGUCAUUACACCUGCCAGAGUAUAGACAUUGAAAUGAAAUUUUAAUUGAUGGUUAGCGGAAAGGUUUGUUUUGCUAUAUCCCCUGUUAUUACAGUGCCCUUUGAUGAGUACAUUUUGGAAUCAAAUCUAAGUUCUUAAGAAACAGAAAUGAAAAAUGUGUGGGUCUUCGCCAGUUUUCUAACGUUAUUGAAAAUCAUUCUGGUAAAUGGCCAAACUGGUUUGGAAGUCAAUAGAAUUCGCGCCAACUAUGAGGAGGUCCAAAAUAUCAGCCUCAAUUUGUAUAACGAGUCCGUUUUAAUUUAUCCCUCGUCCUCGGCAAUAAAUCCGUACAGAGUAAAGGCCUGGUCCGACGAUGUAAAGGCAGAUCUGCCAGUUCUAUUGGUGGUAAAACAAGCGACACAAGUCACCUCGUGGACCGUGCCGGAAAUGAUUGAGACGACCCAAAGCGACAAGAUUCUACGCUUCUACAACACCACAAAGACCAUGUGUCAUGACAAUAUGGAUAAAAUUGUUAACCCUACAAAUCCUUCUUUCUCUGUCGGGCCUCUGGUGGUUUCCCAGACUUUUUUGGUUGCCUUGUCGACCUCCUCGCUCGAUAACGUUACUGUACACGUGGUCCUCGAAGAAGACACUAAUUUUUAUUUGAAGAGAAACGUUAAUUACUCCGUUAAUAUAUCUCCUUCGGAGCCCGGAUAUAAAUGUUUCCUAUUUGAUAAAAAUGCCUCUGAUACCAUUGUUAUUGAAGUUGAUUCUUUGGACGACGGUUGUCUUAUCGUAUCUGUACAAGAUAGCAGGUGUCCCGUUCUAGACACCAACAAAGACGUGAAAUACGAGGGCACCUAUCAAACAGUGACUAGAAAAGGAGCAAUUACAAUAACUAAACGAAAGUACCCCUUGGGAUUCUUCCUGGUAUUCGUCGCCAGACCGGACAACUACAAGUGCAGCCAAGAAAACUCGAUAAUUCCUCAGGUGCAACGGAUGAGUUACGUCUUGGAGAAUAACAUUAGCACCACCAUCACCUUCCUAAUUAGAGACAGUAUUAGUGUAAAAGAUUAUUUGAUUGCCUGUAUCGGUACCAUGAUGAUGGUCGCGAUUUUCGGUAUUACAUUAACCGGAAUCAUUUUUGUGCUGAAUAGAUUCGGUACCAUUUCAAAAAUGAAGGACGGUCCUAUAAAAGUCAAAGAUGUAAUCGAACCUUUAACGAUAGAAGAAAAACGGAAAAUCGUCCUUUCUGAAGAAGUGACCGUGAACAUGCUCGCCAAAUACCCAGGCAGAAUUAAGCAGCGGUCAUUUAAUUACUUUUCACAUACAGCUAGCAUAGCUUUGUUUUAUAGCAUCCCCGUUAUACAACUGGUGGUAACUUAUCAGAGGAUGGUCAAUGUGAGCGGCAACCAAGACCUUUGCUAUUACAACUUUAUGUGUACUCAUCCAGCACUCGGUUUUAGCGAUUUCAAUCAUAUCUAUUCGAAUAUCGCUUACAUGCUGAUUGGACUUUUUUUCCUUAUUGCCGUCCUGGAUAGGCAGCAUCGUAUUAAGAUUACCAAAGAUAAAGGAAUCCCGGUGCAUUAUGGGUUAUUUUAUGCCAUGGGUUUAGCUUUGACAAUCGAGGGGAUACUUUCUGGUUGUUACCAUAUCUGUCCCAGUCAAUCUAAUUAUCAAUUUGAUACAAGCUUUAUGUACGUUAUGGCGGUCCUCAUGAUGGUCAAAUUAUACCAGAACAGACAUCCGGACAUAAACGCGACCGCUUACUCCACCUUUACCGUGGUAGGGUUCGCCAUAUUUAUUGCGAUGAUUGGGAUCCUUAACGGAUCACUUUUUAUAUGGAUAGCGUUCCUGGUAAGCUACGCCAUACUAAUAAUGGUCCUAUCGUUGAAAAUUUAUUAUUUUAAUAUGGUCGUUGUGGGGGUUCAGCAGUUUUAUUCAAAGUAUCAACAGGCGGGACUAUGUCUGGAUACUUUUCAUCCAAUUAGAAAAGGCCGUUUUAUUAUCCUCUGUUUGGCCAACCUGGCUAAUUUUGCCAUAUUAGGCAUGGGUAUUUACAUUUAUAUGAAUAACGUUACCGAUUUUGGAACGUUUUUGUUAGGAUUACUGUUGGCCAAUACGGUUUUGCAUACGUCUUUUUAUACAGUUAUGAAGUUAAUCCACAAGGAGAAGAUCAGCUACGAGGCGAUUAUCUUUGGUGCCUGCGGUAUGGCAUGCUGGAUUACAUCUGGAAUAUUCUUCUUGGACGCUGCCACUUUAUGGACAGUGACCCCGGCAGAAUCGAGACAAUGGAACCAGGGGUGCAUUUUCUUGGGUUUUUAUGACAAACACGACGUUUGGCACCUGCUCAGCGCCCCCGCCCUUUAUUUCACCUUUUUAUACUUGAUGUACUUGGACGACGAUUUGUGUGAUAAGCCCCAAAACCAGAUCCCAGUAUUUUAAUUAUAAUUUAUUUAAGUUUUGUACCAUUAAACCAUUUUUUUUAAA